AUGGCGGACGGAGGAGCAGCGAGUCAAGAUGAGAGUUCAGGACCAGGAAUCCAAACCAAUGGAUUGGACUUUCAGAGGCAGACAGUGCCAACCACAAGUGCAAUCACGAAUGCACAUGCACAAGCCCUCCUUCAACAGUUGACCCUGACCCCAGCGCAGCAGCAGCUGUUAAUCCAGCAGGCCCAAGCUCAGCUCCUGGCUGCAGCCGUGCAGCAUUCAGCCAGCCAGCAGAACAGCACCACUGGGGCAAGCAUCUCAGCCUCCGCAGCCACACCCAUUACCCAGCUGCCCCUGUCACAGCCCAUCCAGAUCACUCAACAGCUACAGCAGCAGAAUCUAAGUCUGCCUCAGUUUGUUCUGGUUCAGCCUGGCCACCCGAUCGCCACACCACUGCAGCCCGCUCAGUUCAUCAUCUCACAGACACCGCAGGCCCAGCAGGGCAUAUUGCAAGCCCAGGGUCUUCUAACUCAACUACCUCAAAGCCAAGCUAACCUCCUGCCGACUCAACCAAGCAUCACCCUUGCAACUCAGCCUGCAACUCCAACCCGCACAACAGCAGCCACACCUAUUCAGUCCCUGCCCCACAGUCAGACACCACCCAAACGGUUGGAUACCCCCACUCUGGAGGAGCCUAGUGAUCUGGAGGAGCUGGAGCAGUUUGCCAAGACCUUCAAACAGAGACGUAUCAAACUGGGCUUCACACAGGGGGAUGUUGGCCUGGCCAUGGGGAAGCUGUAUGGAAACGACUUCAGCCAAACUACCAUCUCUCGCUUUGAGGCCUUGAAUCUGAGCUUUAAGAACAUGUGCAAACUCAAGCCGUUGCUGGAGAAGUGGCUCAAUGAUGCAGUUUGUGCAGAGAACCUGACAUCUGACCAGGCCCUGUCCAGCCCCAGUGCCCUGGGCUCCCCAGGCAUGGGCAUAGAGGGGAUCAACCGCAGACGGAAGAAGAGGACCAGUAUCGAGACCAACAUCCGAGUGGCCUUAGAAAAGAGCUUUCUGGAGCAGAACCAAAAACCUACCUCUGAAGAGAUCACCAUGAUCGCUGACCAGCUCAACAUGGAGAAGGAGGUUAUUCGGGUCUGGUUCUGCAAUCGCCGGCAGAAAGAGAAGAGGAUUAACCCCCCCAGCAGUGGCAACAGUGGAGGAGGCAGCACCCCCAUCAAAACCAUCUUUACCCCCAGUAGCCCUUUGGUGGCCAGCACAGCAAGCCUUGUGAGCAGUCCAACUAUUAACACACCCACCACUCUGACUGUAAACCCAGUGAUGCCUCUCACCAGCACCAGCGUCUCCAGUUUGUCUUUCACAGGCACGACAGGUGGAGCCACAAACACUGCAUCCGUCAUCUCCACCGCACCCAUGGUUACCACAGCAGCCAGCUCUCCAUCUUUAAGCCCGUCACCAACAACUAUUCAGUCCACGACCACAGAGAGCAAGGCUGGCACUCAGGCACAAACCGUUGUCACCCAGGCCCCGACAUCCAUAGCCACCACUUUAGGGACGGGUCAGGUGAUGGUGGCAGCUCCAGGGCUGUCUGCGGCACUUCAGGGUGCUGCCCAGUUACCCACCAGUGCUAGCUUUGCUGCUAUGGCUGCUGCUGCAGGGCUCAACCCAGGACUGAUGGCCUCUUCCCAGUUCACUCCAGGGGGGGCCCUGCUCAGUCUGACUCCUGGUGGCCUCGGCAGUGCACUGAGUCCUGCCCUCAUGAGCAACAGCACCCUGGCCACCAUUCAAGCUCUGGCCUCGAGUGGCACAAUCCCCAUCACUUCUCUGGAUGGCGGUAACCUGCUGUUCGCCAACACCUCUGCUGGUAGCACGCCCAACCUUGUGACCACGCCACUCUUCCUGAACCCGCAGAACCUGUCGCUGCUCACCAGCAACCCCGUCAGCCUGGUGUCGGCUGGGGCGGGGGGGCUGCAGGUCACUGCUGAUACUCAUCAUCAAGCCACCACGGCUGCUGUGCCUGUACAAGCCUCGACCAUUACCACUGCCUCCAAGGCCCAGUGAAGCCAGUCAGGCUGCAUCCCGAAUUAACGCCCUAUUUCUUAUGUCGUGCACUACUUU